CGGGCGGUGACGCGGGGGCCAUGGCGGCGGUGGCGGCGCUGCCCCCUGGGCCGCUGUCGCCGCCCGGCCCCGCUGGGGACGCGGCCCCCGCCGAGGGCGCCGAGGGGCUCUUCGUGCUGCUGGGCGCGGGCAUGGCCGCCGCCAGCCACCCCCUGCUCUACGUCAAGCUGCUCGUGCAGGUUGGGCAGGAGCCACUACCUCCAACUGUUGGAAGAAACGUGCUGGGGAGGAAAGUCCUGUACCUGCCUGGCUUCUUCACCUACGCCAGACAUAUCGUGGAAGUGGAUGGGAAAAGAGGCCUCUUCCGUGGUCUGACUCCUCGCCUCAUCUCAAGCACUUUAUCAACCAUCACCAGGGGGAGUGUGAAGAAGGCUUUUCCUCUGGAAGACAUGGAGCACGUGUCUAACAAGGAUGAUGUGAAAACUUCCCUUAGGAAAGUGGUCAGAGAGACAUCCCACGAGAUGAUGAUGCAGUGUGUGUCCAGGGUUGUCUCACAUCCGCUGCACGUGAUCUCCAUGCGCUGCAUGGUCCAGUUCGUGGGCAGGGAAGUCAAAUACAGUGGUGUGUUCAGUGCCAUUGGCAGGAUAUUUAAGGAAGAAGGGAUCCUGGGAUUCUUUGUUGGUUUAGUCCCUCACAUCCUGGGGGAUGUCAUCUUCCUCUGGUGCUGCAACCUCGUGGCUCACUUCAUCAACACCUACGCGGUGGACGAUAACUUCAGCCAGGCAUCAGUGAUCCGGAGCUACACAAAGUUCGUGAUGGGGAUCGCUGUGAGCAUGCUGACGUACCCAUUCCUUCUCGUGGGAGAUCUCAUGGCAGUGAACAACUGUGGGUUGCGCGCCGGCCUCCCUCCCUACGCUCCUGCUUUCACAUCCUGGAUCCACUGCUGGAGGUACCUCAGUGCUCAGGGGCAGCUGUUCCGUGGCUCCAGCCUGCUCUUCCGCAGGGCUCCCAUCCCAGCUGCCUCCUUCCCCAUCGACUGACCCUCGGCAGGGACAGCUGAUGGACGUGGACUCCUCAAGAAACCCCGAGCUUGUUUCGAUAUGUGUAAUAUUUCUAUUCUCCGAUCCGAAGUCCGCGGUGCCAGAACUGACACCUCCUCUCCAGCAAGGCCAGUGACAGACUGGCUUCUGGACAUCUGGCUUCAGGCUCCAGCUGGACCAAAGCUCCAUCCUCAUGGCUGUCUCAACUGGAAUGUGUAGCAGAAAGAGCAGAAGGGCGUUGUGUUGUCUCUUUGGUCCAGGCUGUAGCUCUGGAGUCACUGGGGAGGUCCAGGAAUCCAGAAAAUGCCCAGGUACUAAAGGAGCCAGCCCUGAGAUGCAGGAACAAAAGACUGCUUCGUGCUGCCCGAGCUGAGAAGCAGCAGGAGAUGCAAGGUCACCUCACUGCAAAGGUUAUGCCAGGUGACCACCCUCCUGCCUCAUCCUUCUGGAGAGGGCACACCUUUGUGUGGCAGGGAGCUCAUCCUGGGCAAGAUCAACCUGGGAUCCAUACUUCAGGUUUGAGGGUACCUGAACACCUGGGAGCACCCCACCUCCCACGGGUGUGAGAGGGAAAUUAUAGGAUCAAAACAAAGAAGGGAUACAAUCCCACUACAAAGAACAGCAGAGUCCCAAAGAGACAGGUACAGCUCAGCUCAGGGCAGUGUUGGGACAUGGACACGGAGAGAGCACUUGGGGAGGGAUAUAUGCUGCUGAUGUCACUGCUUUGGGAAGGAUUUUAGUAUUUAGGUUCACCCAACAGAGCUGCUGGUGUGGGCUGGGCAGGCAGGGAGGGGAGCUGGGUGGGACUGGCCCGACUGCACUGAUGGGCAACUCCCAGGCAGCAGCACCAGGAGCCCUGCUGGGCUCCCAAACCCCGGCAUUGCCCCUUCACUGAUGGACAUGGAGGCACUGGAUGCCAGUGCUGCACACAAAGGGCUCCCUUGCAGCAGGGGCACACGGUCCAGGGCUGUCUGGAAUAAAGGAAUAAACCUGGAGCUGGCCAAAGGCUCACAAGGCAUCGGGGUCAAGGGCUCGCAGGAGCACGGCUGGCUCUGUGUGUGUAGCAGAGCUCACUGGUGGCAGCAGGGCAGGAUUUAUGCUCAGACAAAGAGUUUCUUUGCACCAGUCUGUGCUGUGAUGGCAGCCAGGCAGAUUUCCCCAUUUUGGUUCCCCCACGAAGCAGUCUUUUGCACAGAGGUGAUGCUGUGCUCCCUGGGAGGAGGUUGUGGGGACCAUGAGCAGGUUCCUGUGUGCUGCAGGAGCACCAGCUCAGGUCACAUCUCAUCCUGGUCCUCUGGGGACCCUGGCCUGCCAUCACACAGGGCUUUUCUCCAUCAGACAGGGUCGAUCCACACUUCCCAGGCAGGGCUUGCAGGACAGUGGUGGUACUUGCUGGGACUGGCAGUCCCCACCCAGCUCCCUUCGGUGUAGUGAAGUUGGUCCUGUCCUCCCUCCCUUCCUCCCUCCCCAUUUGUGCUACAGUAACAGAAGUUAAAUAAUGCAUGGACCUGUUCCCUAACACCAGAGAUGAUUUCAAAGAGGAUUUAAUUAUGCUCCAAAAUACAGCUAUAAAACAA